AUGGAAUAUACAUGGAUUGUUAAAGCAGUAGCAGCAGCAACAGCACUAGGUCUAGUUCUAGUCCUCAUUUUGAUUGGUUACUGCACCAGCAAAUGGAAAAAGCCAAAUGAGAGACACCAUUUCUUCUACAGAUUUAUAGUCCUGAGCAAAGCAGAGAAUUUCCCAGAUUUCACUGCUGAGGCUGUGGCUGAUGACAGACGGAUGAAACACUACAAUACUGAAGUUGAAGACUGGAAAAGAGUCAAUCUGUUUGAAUAUGACAGGAUUGAACCUCUUCCAGAACCAUAUGAGCCUAGAGACUGGUACAAAGAUCAGCUAAAGAUUGUGUCAAACUGCACACAGUGUUCUGAUGUACUCCAGAGAAUAAUUGGCUGUAAACUGGAGAAAUUUCCUAAUGGAACAGUGAUGAAUCUGACUGUCUUUGAUGAAUAUGGAUUUGAUGAAAAUUAUCUUAUGGCCUUUAAUUAUGACACUCUGCAGUGGAUUGAUAAAAGUCCAAAAGCAAAAGAAAUCAAAAAGGAUUGGGAUCGUCACACAGAACGCAAACAGUACUUGUACAAAUACCUCAAUGACUGCAUGGACUGGAUCUCCAAAUUUAACAACACAAAUAAGAGUGAGCUCUGAUCAGUUCACUUUUUUAAUUAGCUCCUGUCACCGUGCGUGUUUGUGAGAUUAUUUCUAAUUCUGUUUCACUUCAAAGG